AAUUUGGAAUUGUUUUCCUAAAUUCCUACAAAAAUAAGUAGGAAAAUUCAGGAGAGAGAGGAGAGAGAAGAUGGGGGAGGUGUCCGGAGACUCUGGUUCCAUCAAUGCAGCCGAUGAAACACCGAAGCAGCAGCAGCAACAGGACAAGGCAUGGCACACCUACAUCUCAGAGGAUCUGCCCCGAACUGUUCUCGAAUCCACCGACUCAGCGAUUCGCUCUGCUCGUACUCUCCAACACAACUCGUCCGAUCAUCUUCGUAAUCUCCAGGAUUUUAUACCACAAAUUGGACCGAAGUAUAGAGCUUAUGAAGUUGCUUUCUUCAAAAAAGUUAAAGAUGAGUAUACAAUUGCAAGAGAACACCCAGCUGUGGCUGGUGGAGUUGCUGUUACAGCUGCCUUCCUUCUUAUGCGAGGCCCAAGAAGGUUUUUGUUCCGUCAUACAUUUGGUCGGUUUCAGAGUGAAGAGGCACAAUUUAUUAAAGCCGAGAAGAACCUAAAAGAGUUGAACCUCUCUGUUGAUCUAAUGAAGAAUGAGAGUAGAAAGUUGCUUGAAAGGGCUGCUCUUGCUGAAAAAGAAAUGAAACAAGGCCACACUGAGCUCAUGAGUGCUGGAAGUCAAAUUCAACGUCUUGCUAAAUCAGUUUGCAAAGUUGAAGCACAAGCUUUGGAUUUGAUGGAUGGACUACGAGAAAUUCCUGGGAGGGAGGCUUUGAAACUUAGAGCAGAGGUUGCUUCUAUGGGAUCACUUCUUCAACAGCAGAGGAUUGCUAUGAACAGAAGGAUUGUGAAGAUUUCGGAAUUAGGUGUUCCUGUUUGAUGGAUAAUAAAAAAUCCAUACUAGGUGUUUUUCUUUUCCAUUUUCCUUUCCUUAGUUUUUCUGGUCUCCAUGGUCAACAGUGUUGAACAAGUAUUGUGUAUUUUAAUAAGAGAUUUUUUGAAAAUCAAAGUUUUGUUAUGGUCUACUGUAUGCAACCUCUGAAUUUUUGUCUAAUCAAUUGAGUAACAUACAAAUAAGCUAUCCUUCUUCUGAGAA